ACCACGAAUUCUUCAUUGUUAUUCAUGUGUCGUGUUUGACAAAUGUUGCAUUCGGUCUCCGAAUUAUUGUGUAGUGUAGUUGUUUAUCGCGGCGAAACCUGAACUACGCCAGAAUACUUUGCGUAUUCAACUAUAUAAGCCAUUACCAUACUAGUCAUUGAAUUGCGUUAAGCAAAACGGGCGUGCUAGUAUUGCGUGUUCGGCGGCUCGCGAAUUGCAUUCGGAAUACCCUAUUCCCUGCCAAUUAGCCCAGAGUAAUGUGGAAGUGUCAUAAAUGUGGCAAACCGGUCUUUUUCGCGGAACGUAAACAGUCGCUCGGUUACGAUUGGCAUCCGGAAUGUUUGCGAUGUGAAGAGUGUGGCAAGCGGCUAAAUCCAGGCCAACACGCCGAGCAUAAAGGUGUUCCUUAUUGCCAUGUGCCAUGCUAUGGAGCUCUCUUUGGUCCUCAGUUGUUCGGCCACGGUACACGCGUUGAAUCUCACAAGAGCUAUGGUCAACCUGAUAAAAAAAAACAGCCAGUUCUGCGCUCCCCAGCUGGGCCUUGUAUACCACGAAAUCAUCUUGAAUCAAGAUUACGUAGCUACAACCUAUUUCAUACGAACAAAAGUCUGGAGAUACGGAGUCGCGAGGUGAACGGCCGAUUAGUGCUUGAAGGUGCGCUGCGCAUCUACUGGGGCGUACAGGGUAUGAUCCACUUAAAAGAGGAUGACGACCAGCGUACUGUCGUGACUGUGCGAAAGAGGAACUCUUAUCGUCAGAGCAAUUCUAUAUCAUUGGUGGACGAGAAAGAAAACAUAUUUCCGAUCGCAGAUACGUCGGCACUGUUAGCUAACAAAGAACGAACAACGACGGUAACAGAGACAAACAGCUCAUGUAAUUAUACUGAACCUGAUAGUAUCAACGAUACAACGACCAUCUCUGAGAGUAUUUCUUACGAUACGUUGAGCCUUUCUUCGGAAUUAGUUUCAAUCGAUUCAAAGCCUAAUUCGGGCGAAUCCUCUAAGGAAGCGUCUCCAUGUCACGGCGCCAAAAACAAAUUUAUCACACUUCCCUCUAAGCUUUCCGAGGUUAAACAGCUCACAUGGGAUGAGUUCGAUGAUUUGUUGCAAGUGGAGCGGCGUUUAGAUGAUAGCGAAAAGCUGUAUCGUACGAUGCCGUCCCCAAUGCCAACACGUAGCGCUGAUAUAGAAUCUGAUAGAGAGGCUAGUUUCGCGAGUGAAAGUGUAACUACCGAUACUAUCACAGACUACAAAACAUUAACGCCAAAUGUGGCCGAUUCCGGCGAUAGCAGCGGUGGUUCCGUGACACUGGCAACAAACGACUCUCGGUCGGCAAUUGAUGAUGGUACUGGGGCUGCUGCUGAUGUAGAAAUCAGGACAGAUAUAUCAAUAACUUCCAAUGAAGGAGAUGACAACUUUCGGACGCCAGAAGCAACGCUACGGUCGCAUGACUUCGAAGCUUUCAAAAGGCAGAUUAACCGCGAUUUUUUGGAUGGCACGGCGGAUUUGAAAACAACCGACGGUACAUUAAAGCUCAAUCAACCAAUAGACCCAGCACGCAUUAACGAUUCCCUGAAGUUAUACAACGAUGGUGUAAUGCAUCACAGCCUGGCUGAUGAACAAAUCCGAAUUGAUAAUUCUCCUGUUGGUAACGCAGCUUGUAGCAAUGGGUCAAAUGUCAGGAGAGAAAAUACAGCUAUGGACCGAUCUGAACGAUAUGAAAAUAUAUCACAACAAAAAGCUGCAAUACCUUCGCUAUCGGAGGCUGGAUCAUCCGAUGGAGGUGGAACUACCGGUAGCGAGGCAUUUAGUACCUCUCCUGUCAACACUGACACGGACUCAUGGACCGCUGAUCGCGGUUUAUUGCGUUCUAGGUCUGCUGGACAGCAAUAUUCCGGCAACAGUUUCGUUGAUAGUGACGAAGAUGAAAAAGAUACCGACGAAUCCAUUGGAGUUGAUUCGGAAACGAUGAAACCGUCUGUUCGCACAUCCAAUUCAAUCCAGAUUCAGAUGGAUUGUUACGACGAACUGGAAAGCUCAAGAUGGUCAAAUCGACAAGCAGGGCGUGAGUGUGUCGUUCACUCAGCCGAACUGUCCGUGGCAUCAACAGUGUCGUCUGAGUACAGUACCAAGAUCAAUGACCAGGCCAUUACCGAUGACGGUGUUGUGUUGCGGAAACCGCCUAAAACAGGAUCAACUGCGAUCAAGCGCCGAUCAGGCAACAGAAGAUCCAGGACGAAAUUGAAGCGUCGUUGCUCAAUCAAUGGUCACUUCUACAAUCGAGAAACGUCAUUCUUCACUCCUCCUUACGGUUCGCAAAUGAAUGUCUGGGUCUCCUCGUUGGUGAGCACUCAAGAGGUUAUAAAUCUACUAUUGGAAAAGUAUAAAGUGGAAUCAAAAGCAGAAAAUUUUGCAUUGUUUAUUGUGCGAGAUAAUGGAGAACAAAAAAAGCUUCGGGAAGAUGAUUAUCCUCUUGUGACGCGAGUGGUACUUGGACCACAUGAGGACAUUGCUCGCAUUUUUCUUAUGGAUGGGCAGCAAACGCCAGAAAUAAGCAGCGAAGUGGCUCAGUUUUUGAAUCUCUCCAUACCAGAAUGUAGAGCUAUUCUCGAUCGCUAUCAUGAAGAAGAGUACCGAGAAUUGCACCGGAUACGAUUUAAGUAUGCUGAGUUGCGGAAGCGUAUUAAUCAGCGAAUGGAGUCAUUGAAAGUUCGGUUGUAGAUCGAUUUGUAAAAUAAAUACUGGAAAGUCAGUAGGAACAUAGUUUCUUCAGGAAAUAUUUCCGCUUCUCGAUAAGAAAAAAUCUGCGUAAGCCCCUUGUUUAAGGUACAUAUUAGUUAGUCAAGUCAAUCAAUCAGCUAAUAAACAUGCGUACAAAACUGUCGUAUUUCUCGUUUGGUUGUUGCACUUAUUUUUGAUGUGCUUUAUGCUAUACCAUGUGCCUAUUAAAUAGUUUAAAGCGUUUAAUAAAUAUAUUUAGAUUGAAACUUAAUCUCACGUUUGUG